AUGUCGCUCUCGCUCUCGCUCUCCAGAGAAGAGACGUUGCAGAGAUUCAAGCGCAUCGGCAUCGUUGGAGCCGGGAACAUGGGGUCCAUGAUGGCGCUCGCCUUUGCAGAGCUAGGACUGGAUGUCUCCGUUUGGGACGUGGAUGGGAAGAAUAUCAGCCGCGUCUCGAAAACCGCCGGGUAUCUAGGUCGAGUCGCGGGGUACGACGAUAUGCGCGAGUUCGUGGCGAGUCUCAAAGGCCAGGGCGGCGAGAGGAAAGUGUUCCUGUUCUCGAUGACGCAUGGAUCCCCGGCGGAUUCGGUACUGGGCAUGCUGAUGAAGAUGGAGAGCGGCGAUGGGCUGCGGUAUGGGGAUGUCAUUCUCGACGCGGGCAAGCGGAGGCAGAUCGAGUGUGCGCGGAUCGGGGUUUACUGGGUUGGAAUGGGGGUGUCCGGGGGGUAUCGGGCGGCGCGACGGGGUCCGAGUUUGUCUCCUGGGGGGGAUGAGAGGGCGCUGGAGAUCCUCAUGCCGCUGCUGGAACUAUACGCUGCGAAGGAUGCCGCGACGGGGCUUCCUUGCGUGGCGAGGAUUGGGCCCGGCGGGUCGGGGCAUUUUGUGAAGAUGGUUCAUAAUGGGAUUGAGGGUGGCAUGUUGUCGACGCUUGCGGAGGCGUGGUCUCUGCUUCAUUACGGGCGGGGGUUCGAUUACGAAAGGAUUGCGGAUGCAUUUGACGAGUGGAAUAAGGACGGGGAGCUGCGGAAUAACUACCUGCUGGAAAUCGGGGCUGAUAUGCUGCGCACCAAGAAAUCGCGCGAAGGAGACAGCCGAGGCGACACGGCAAUGGGUGGGUAUCAUGAAUAUGUUCUGGACGAUGUCCUCGAUGAAGUGAUUCAAGAUUAUGACAAUACUGAGGGCACCCCGUACUGGUCGAUCACGGAAUCGGCCUCGCGACAUAUAUCUGCUCCCACGCUCGCUGCGGCGCAUUAUCUACGUAUCGCCAACGGCAACCAGGAGGAGCGUUUAGAGGCGGCCAAGAAACUACGCAUUCCGAGUCCUUCACUGAUGCGGGAAAUGCCAGACGAGAAGGAAUUUGUCGAGCAUCUGCGCCGAGCAGUGUACGCUUCAUUCCUGGCCUCUUUCUGUCAAGGUCUGGAGCUGAUCGCCCACGGUUCCGAGGAUGAAGGUUGGAACAUCGACUUGGGAAAAUGCCUCCAAAUUUGGCGCGCGGGCUGUAUCAUCCGGUCCGAGGGCAUCGCGGAUCUGUUGCAGCCGGUCCUCUCCAAGAACCGGACUUUGAAGAACAUGAAGUUCAUCGAUACAGUCGCGGUAGAGUUGGAGAGGAACUUCCAUUCUCUGAAGAAAGUCAUCAUGGCUGGAAUCGACUCUGACCAUUACCUCCCGGCGAUGUCCUCGACGUUGGAAUACUUGAAAUAUGAAGGGGGGACGACUCUUCCCACGAAGUUUAUGGAGGCCCAGAUGAACUUUUUUGGGGCCCAUGGGUAUAAAAAGCGCGAAGAUGGGGGAGACGAUGCAAGCUUGAGACACUCACUCACUCACUCCCCGGUGGAUGCUGAAAGGACCCUCUCUUCGCUUUCUUUCUACUCGUACUACGACCCGACCACUCCGGGAGAAUCGAAUCUGCCAAACAACUCGCCCGAAGAAUGGCUGUCCUUCCAUCCGAAACCCGUCCGCAUCGCCGUCAUCGGUGGAACGGGUCUCCGCGAACUUCCUGGCUUCACUCAGGUUGCGUCGCUCUCCAUCUCCACCCCAUGGGGCGAGCCCUCCUCGCCGAUCACGAUCCUGCACCACCAGUGCUCUCAUAACAACAAGACCGUCGCGAUUGCCUUCCUCAGCCGCCACGGAUCGCACCACCAGAUCGCGCCUCAUGAAGUCCCUGCCCGCGCCAACAUCGCGGCUCUGCGCUCGAUCGGUGUGCGCACCAUCAUUGCCUUCUCCGCUGUCGGCAGCUUGCAGGAGGAGAUCAAGCCCCGCGAUUUCGUCGUUCCCGACCAGGUCAUCGACCGCACCAAGGGUAUCCGGCCCUUUACCUUCUUUGAAAAGGGAGUGGUCGUGCAUGUUCCCUUUGGAGAUCCCUUUGACGAGGGUGUCGCCAAGGUGGUGAGAGCUUGCGGACACAGUUUGGAAGGAGAGGGUGUGAAGUUGCAUGACCGUGGCACUCUGAUUUGCAUGGAGGGACCUCAGUUCUCCACCCGUGCGGAGAGCAACCUCUACCGCUCUUGGGGUGGCAGCGUAAUCAACAUGUCCUGCCUACCCGAGGCCAAGCUCGCACGCGAAGCUGAAAUCGCGUACCAGAUGAUCUGCAUGUCCACCGACUAUGAUUGCUGGCAUGAGUCUACGGCCGAUGUCACCGUUGAAAUGGUGAUGGGCAACAUGAAGUCCAACGCGGUGAACGCCAAGCACUUUGUCACUGCUGUUCUUGACGAACUGGCGGCGGACCACAACUCGGAUCUGGUCCAGGCGAAGCACUACGCGGGAUCGGUCAAGUUCGGGCUCAGCACUGCGCAGACCAACUGGAGCCCGGAGGCGCGGGAAAAGAUGAACUGGCUUUUCCCUGGUUAUUUUGAAUAG